UCCCCCUCUCUUUCUGAGCCCUGCUUCCUUUUCUCCUGCUGUUCUGCGUCACCACGGCAACACUCUCUCCGCAGCAGUCUGUCUCCACCCUCCUGUCUCUCUCUCUCCCUCUCUCUCUCUCACUGCGUCAGGCUGCAGCAGGAUCCCGGCCUCCCCUGUGCUGUUUUCUCCAGGCCCACAAUGAUGAGCGGUGGGCCAGAUCACUAGAUGCAGCAGGAUGGGCCCCUCCUCCCACCGAUGGGCGCGCUCCCUCACCCUACUGCUGUAAAUGGGCGAGGACACUGACACCCAAAACAUCAACCACAGCUUCCUGCGAGACUAUGUUACAGAAGCUGAUGUUAUUUCCACAGCAGAGUUCAACCAGACGGGGGACCUGCUGGCUACAGGUGACAAGGGGGGGCGUGUGGUCAUCUUUCAGAGAGAGCCAGAGAGUAAGGCAGAGUCAUGCUGUCAGGGUGAGUACAAUGUGUACAGCACCUUCCAGAGCCAUGAGCCUGACUUUGACUAUCUGAAGAGCCUGGAGAUCGAGGAAAAGAUCAACAAGAUCCGAUGGGUUCCACAGAACAACGCUGCUCGCUUCCUCCUCUCCACUAAUGAUAAAACCAUAAAGUUGUGGAAAGUGAGUGAGAGAGAUAAGAGGCCAGAGGGUUACAACCUGAAGGAUGAGGAGGGAAGAGUGAAGGACCCAUCUACAGUCACCACCCUACAGGUCCCAGUUCUGAAGCCCACAGACCUGAUGGUGGAGGUGAGCCCAAGGCGGGUGUUUGCAAAUGGCCACACCUACCACGUCAACUCCAUCUCCGUCAACAGCGACUGUGAGACCUACCUGUCUGCUGAUGACCUGCGCAUCAAUCUGUGGCACCUGGGAAUCACUGACCGCAGCUUCAAUAUUGUGGAUAUUAAGCCAGCAAACAUGGAGGAUCUGACUGAGGUGAUCACAGCGGCGGAGUUCCACCCACAGCACUGCAAUCUGUUCAUAUAUGGCAGCAGCAAGGGCAUUGUCCGGCUCUGUGACAUGAGGGCUUCUGCUCUGUGUGACCAGCACACCAAACUCUUCGAAGGUCCAGAAGACCCUGAGAAUCGCUCGUUCUUCUCGGAGAUCAUCUCCUCCAUCUCAGAUGCGCACUUCAGCCACAGUGGCCGCUACCUGCUCACCCGUGACUACCUGACUGUCAAGGUGUGGGACAUCAACAUGGAGAGGGGCCCCAUCGAGACCUACCAGGUUCAUGAAUAUCUGAGAAGCAAGCUGUGCUCCCUCUAUGAGAACGACUGCAUCUUUGAUAAGUUUGAAUGUGCCUGGAACAGCACAGACAGCGUGAUCAUGACGGGGGCGUACAACAACUUCUUCCGGAUGUUCGACAGGGAGACGGGGCGGGACGUGACCCUGGAGGCGGCGCAGGACAGCGGGAAGACGCGGGCCGUGCUGAAGACCCGCCGCGUGCGCUCGGGCGGGAAACGCCGCAGAGACCAUGUGACUGUGGACAGCCUGGAUUUCACCAGGAAAAUCCUGCACAUGGCCUGGCACCCCACAGAGAACAUCAUCGCCAUCGCCGCCACCAACAACCUCUACAUCUUCCAGGAUAAGGUCACCUCCGAAACGCUGUGACCUUCAGCCAUUGCCACAGCCCCACCCCUUUCUACACAGCCACUCCCACAGCCCCACUCCUUUCUACACAGCCACUCUCACAGCCCCACCCCUUUAUACACAGCCACUCCCACAGCCACACCCCUUUCUACACAGCCACUCCCACAGCACCACCCCUUUCUACAUAGCCACUCCCACAGCCGCACUCGUUUCUACACAGCCACUCCCACAGCACCACCCAUUUAUACACAGCCACUCCCACACCUCCACCCCUUUCUACAGAGCCACUCCCACAGCCCCAACCAUUUUUACACAGCCAUUACCACAGCCCCACCCCACCUUACAUGGCCACUCCCACAGCUCCACCUAUUUCUACACAGCCAUUGCCACAGCCCUACCCCACCUUACAUAGCCACUCCCACAGCCCCACCCAUUUCUACACAGUCUUUCCCACAGCCCCACCCCUUUCUACACAGCCACUCCCACAGCCCCACCCCUUUCUACACAGCCACUCCCACAGCCCCACCCCUUUCUACACAGCCACUCCCACAGCCCCACCCCUUUCUACACAGCCACUCCCAGUCUCACCUCUCCCUACUCAAGCACUUACAGCCUCCCACCUUCCUCCCGUUUCUUUGCUUCUCUCCAUCCUUUGCAUUCUUCUCAUCUCUUCUCCCUCCCUCCUCUUUCCCCUCUACAGGACAUGGGUUCAUGAUUCACACGAUGAUGUAAUAGAUUUGAUCCUCCACAGAUUCAGAUGUGAUGUCAUAGAUAUUAUCCACUAUAGACUCAGAUAUGAUUAGGACCACCAGUUUGUCUCCACCAUCUGACUUGCAGGGUUAUCCUCCAGGGGUCCCCAUAGGCACUCCAAAGGCACAGUCAAGUAACUAAUAAACCGGACGUGUUUAUAAAAACAAUUAGUUGACCUAAUAUGGGGAGAGUUAGAAGAAGGAAAGUGAACAAGGAUAGAAGUUAAAGUGUGAUGUCUUUGAGCGAACAAGUAAAACAGUAUCUUCCUGGUACACUGCAUACCGAUGAAUCAAAUUUAUUUUGCACAACUUGCAAUUUAACAACAAAUUAUGCAAAGAAGAAAGCAAUAGAUCAACUUUUAAGAACUAAGAAACAUCACCAAGGUCUGAGAUGGACUCUGAGGGGAAGCUGCAGACAGUAGAUUUGUUUUAUUUGUUCUUCAGGGAAAAUCCAUCACAACUAAUGUGAAAGUUUUCCUUGCUGUUACAGUGUGCCUACGUGACUUGCAUUACUCUCCAGUUGUGCAUACAGUGAGGUGCGCCCCACUGUAGCGUCAAGACGCUUAUUGGAUUAUAACAUUGAUUUUUAAAAUAUAACUGCAUUUUGUGUGACAUUGUGAGUUAUAUGUUAAAAGCAUAUAAAGACAUCCUUAAAAGCUUGUUGCCAAAUUGAGCGCAUUAAUGUGCAGUGCCCCCAUUGUAGCACUAGCAAGCAGCAUUUGGUCAGAUAAUUUCCCUAAAGUUCACAAACCUGUAGGCACUGUUUUGCUUUUGAUCCUAAGGAAGCACGUCAACCCUCCUACUACACCGCAUUCUUGGUGAAAACUGGACAACUACAAAUUAUUUCCUCAAGAAAACAGCACUGCAGUGUCACUGGGUGAAUUGUGGGAUACAGCUGAAUAAAUAUUUCCAAACCUUUCUUCAAAGGCAAACGGUACUUGGCCAUGGUAACAAACCAACAAACUCUGUUUUCAUUUGAACUUCAUACAUGACGUUCACCACUUUUAUUUCAUUGAUCCUUUUUGUUUUAAUAGUUAAAAAAUAUUUUUAUUAAUUUCCCACCACUUCUAACAAAACUUAUCAUGCUCCUGUACAACACUUAAAAAUGCUGCUGCGUGUCCAUAGUAGCAAAACUGGGCUUAACUGAGUUGCUUGUAAACAUCGCCAUCAGGCAUCGCCUGUGCUGAAUUACUGAAUCAUCUUAGAUGGCUGAGGUGGUGCAGAUGGGAUAACUGGUGAGAACUGGCUUGAAACAGAGGUGACCUCUAACUGCCCGAGGACUGGAGGACCAUGCAAGGGAAUGAGGGGAAGCAACCUGGUGGCCCUAACGAUGAUGUAAUAGUAUAUUCUACUGUUCUUUUGUCUACCACUGGGUGGCAGCACUGACACAACGCAUGCACAUUUCGGGACUGUAUGGUGGGAAAAUGUCUCAGUUUGUUUUCAACCAUAAAUUAACUUUUCUGUAAAAUGGCUGGACCUCAGUCUGUGCUCAUCUCAUCAUUAUACUUCAUGUUUGUUGUUGGCUGUUGUCCAUGUGCCUGUAUACAGUUAUUAAGCCAGAAGUGAAACAAAUAUUAUAAUAUAAAUAUCAGUAAUGUAAUAUAACAUUAUUAGCAUAAUGAGGAAAAAUGUAAUCCAAAUUCUUAAAAGGUAAUCAUGAAUAUAUUUUCAAGGCUUUUGAAAUAUAUUUCUUUAAGAGGAGAAGUUCAAAAGCAAAGUGGAGAAUGUGCAUGAACAUCCUGCUAACACUAUGUCUUCAGUGUCUGUGGCAGUCGAACACUGUCCUUGUGAUCACAAGCUCUGUGCCUCAUAAACUAAAAAAUAUAUUGGUAAAAAGAUUUUUUUUAAAUUAGAUUCAGAGUUGGUAACCAAUGAGAGAGAGAAAUAGUGUUUAAGUGGACAGAGCUUGGGGAUUACAGGGAGCAGCAGAACCAAGUGUGGAUCAGUGCAUUAGGCUCAGGCUAACAGUCAUUUCUGCAGGUCAUCUGUUUAUCUUUGAGUCUUUUUUUCACAUCUACACAUUCUCCUCUUCCUCCUUCUCACACAUCCAUCCAUUUCUCUAUCUGUUCAUUUGUUCAGUUGUUUAUGCCAAACCAGUGAUUAUAAAUAUGUUAAUAUAAACAUGUUAAUAUGAGCUUUCAAGUAAAGAUUAAAGCAAAA